GUACCGCGUCAUAAGCCUGUAUGUAGAGGUAUUGUUGUUGCUUCCAGCUAACAUUAUUGCUUUUGUGAGUGAUUAUUAAUUGAAAGUGCUCAUGUGAACGGAUUUUUGUGCUGUGCUCUUUGUCUUGGAAAUAUGUGCGUGCGUUUUUGAUUCAUAAAAGUAGGUGAGGAGCCGGCGCAAAGCCAUGUUCCACCCCCCAAGGGCCAGAUCGCGCGGCGUCCACGCUCAGGUCACCUAGACGGUGACGUCUACCACGCUGCCUAACCGCCACAAUGCUCAAGCAACUUGUCUUAUAUUUCAAUUUUAUUGCGGUUUUCUUCCGUUACGGGCACUGCGAUGACACCGUAACGUUAUCAGUGACCCGCUACGCGAACGGGUCGGUAGAGCCGCCGGACACGCGGUCGGUGGGCCGCGUGCCACCCUACCAGCCGCCCGCCAUCGGCCUGCCAGGGCCCAUGCAAGUUCCUGGGUUCAGACCACACAGCCCCUAUACCAGGGUUGAUGCUUGGCACCCAAAUGGACGCAUUUAUAUGAGUCCAAAAGAAUUAGUAGAAGAAGACCUCGAAGAUGAUCAUCAUGUUGGCUGCAAUAUACCAUGUUCCAAAGAAUUCUUUUUUUGCCAGACGACAUGCAAAUGCAUAGCUUUGGAGAAGCGUUGCGAUGGCAUCCAAGAUUGCAUCGACAACGAGGACGAAGCUGGCUGCAGGAAGUCCUGUGAUGAACAGGACAAUCGGACGCUGUGCCACGGGACCAACGUCUGCAUCGCAUUUGACUGGCUCUGCGAUGGAGACAACGACUGUGGUGAUUUCUCAGACGAGACACAUUGUUUGGAAGUAAAUUGUACAGACGAUCAGUUCCAAUGUACAAAUGGACUUUGCAUUCACAAAUACUGGUUGUGUGACGGAGAUAAUGACUGCAGAGACAAUUCUGACGAGAUGACCUGCCCAAAGGGAAAAUGCAGAGAAAACCAGUUCACCUGUGUGUCAGGUGACUGCAUACCUCUACAUUGGCGCUGCGAUAAAGAAGCUGAUUGCCCCGAUAAUACAGACGAAACUGAUUGUCCUGUUGAUCUUCUGAGAUGCGGUGAAAAUGAAAUACAAUGCGAUAACAAUAAGUGUGUGAGGAAAGACUUUCUUUGUGACGGAGACAACGAUUGUGGAGACUGGACCGAUGAAAACUCAUGUCCUCUUAUGCCUGGAAACUGUAAUGCUGCUGAAUACAAAUGUAACGAUGGAAGAUGUAUCCCAGAACUCUGGCGGUGUAAUAUGGAGAAGGACUGUAUCGAUGGAGACGAUGAGUUGAACUGUGAAUCGCUUGGAAUAAGGAAUUGUACCGUUGAUGAACAUAUGUGUGAAGACAGGCGAUGUAUUUCGAAAACCUGGCUUUGCGAUGGAGUGCGAGACUGUUCCAAUGGUGAAGAUGAAAUAAACUGCCAAGUGUUUUGCGAAGAAGACCAGUAUAUGUGCAAGUCAUUAGACAGCAGUGCUUUCAGAAAUUGUGUUAAACGAAAACACGUUUGUGACGGAAUGAAAGACUGUCCACAAGGCGACGACGAAGAAAACUGCCCAAAAAGCAGACAGUGUACUGCGAGGGAUAAAUGUGAAAAGCUAUGUAUACUGACAUAUGACAAAAGACAAGCUUGCUCCUGCCCACUAGGAUAUUUACUAGCUGAAGAUGGCUACAGUUGUAGAGAUAUCGACGAAUGUAUGUACGAACAAGACCCAGUGUGCUCUCAGACAUGCUCAAAUACACAGGGGAGUUUUCUAUGUGGAUGUAUGACUGGAUAUGUGUUGAGGCCUGAUGGAAGAUCUUGCAAAGCAACUGGAGAAUCACCAACUCUUUUAUUUUCUAAUCGCAUCGGAAUACGAAAGGUGUGGCUCACUGGUGAAAAUUACGAAACGGUAUUGAAAGGCCUCCACACUGCUGUAGCUUUAGAUUAUCAUUAUGAUAAGAAGUUGAUAUUCUGGACGGAAAAUAACAUGAAAGUUAUUCGAUAUGCACCUAUGGAUAGCAAUAAUAUGACUGAUGUUAUACGAUGGGGAUUAGAAACUCCCAGUGGCGUGGCAGUGGACUGGAUACAUAACUUAUUGUUCUGGACGGAUUCCGGCACAAGGAGGGUAGAAGUUGCGACUUUGGAUGGUCUCCAACGGGCUGUAAUAGCGGCCAGUGAUUUGGACAAACCCAGGGCGGUAGCUGUACACCCAGGAGACGCGCUUGUUUUUUGGACUGAUUGGGGUCCUCGGCCUAAAAUUGAAUGUGCGAAUAUGGAUGGAAAUAGACGGAAAAGUGUAAUAAUGGACAACAUCUUUUGGCCGAAUGGUCUAACCAUUGAUUAUAUGGAAUCCAAGAUAUACUGGGCAGACGCGAAGCAUCACGUUAUAGAGAAAGCUUCGUUUGAUGGAGGGGAUAGAAAAAGAAUAACAAAUAAGGGCGUACCUCAUCCAUUUGCCCUAACUGUAUUCGAGGAUGCCAUCUACUGGACAGAUUGGCACACAAAAAGCAUAUCAACUAUUAAUAAGAAGACUGGUAUGGGCAUACAGGUUGUGCACGCUAGUUUACAAGUUCCUAUGGACAUAAAAAGUUUUCAUCCCUUACGGCAAUUGACAACAUACAAGAAUCGUUGUGGACAAAAUAAUGGCGGCUGCUCCCACCUCUGCCUUCCGAAUAGUGACGCAUAUACGUGCCGCUGUCCUAUUGGUUAUAACCUGAAAUCAGAUGGCCGAACUUGUGAAGAUACACCGGAAAAACUAUUACUUUACGCGCGGAGAAAAGACAUACGGUUAAAACUUUUGAAUCCACGCAAGCAGAUGGAUGGAUUGGAUAUGGUUAUACCAGUAGAUAGUAUAAAAUCAGCUGUUGCUUUGGACUGGGAUCACGCGAGAAAGAGAAUAUUCUGGACUGAUGUGGAAAAGGACACGAUCAAUAGAGCCUUUUUAAAUGGAUCCAAUCAGACUGUUAUUGUCAGCACUAAUUUAAUAUCACCUGCUGGUUUAGCAUACGACUGGAUGACAGACAAGCUCUAUUGGACAGAUGCUGGAACCAACAGAAUCGAAGUGUCCAAUUCAAAUGGCACUAUGAGAAGUCUGCUCGCGUGGGAAAAUAUUGACAAGCCAAGGGACAUUGUGGUUGAUCCUAAAGGUGGCGUUAUGUACUGGUCAGACUGGGGUAAGAACCCUUGUAUAGAACGGGCUGACAUGGACGGGGGAAACAGAAAGAGACUAAUCUUUGGAGACAUGACUUGGCCCAAUGGGCUGGCGUUAGACUUGACUUACAAUCGCAUCUAUUGGACUGAUGGCGGCAAUCGUACUAUUGAGUUUGCGAACCUUGAUGGUACAGGGCGUACUGUCUUAAUAGGAGGUCAACACUUAACCCACCCAUUCGGCUUGGAUCUCUACGGUGAUGAGGUAUUCUGGACGGACUGGGACACGAAUUCCAUUCAAGCUGCAAACAAGUUUACAGGCAAGAAUCGAAGGACACUGGACGCUGGUGUAGAAGGUCUGAUGGAUGUGAGAGUCUUCCAUAAGGAACGGAAGGGAGGAGUUAAUCGUUGUGGCAGAAAUAAUGGUGGAUGUUCACAUCUGUGCCUUUUGAAACCAAGAGGUCGCUCCUGCGCAUGUCCUACUGGCAUCAAAAUGACGGAGGACGGAAGAACGUGUUCAGACGGGCCCAUAAACUUCUUGAUAUUCGCACACCGCGUGGACAUACGAUUCGUUUCUUUUGACGUUCCUUAUUUGGUGGACGUCGUAUAUCCGUUCCAAUCUUUGAAGAAUGCUCUAGGAGUUGAUGUUGAUCAAAAUACUGGUUUAAUAUAUUGGACGGAUACCGCGGAACGUUUAAUUCGGCGAGCGGACAAAUACGGGCAGCAGGGCAAGACUAUCAUCACAAGGGGAUUGCAAACUGCCGAUGGGCUGGCUAUCGAUUCUGCUGGAAGAAAGCUAUACUGGACGGACGGGGGCCGCAACAGUAUCGAAGUAUCAGAAUUGGACGGGUCUAACCGAAAAGUACUUGUGUGGACGGGUCUCGACUCUCCUAGAGGAAUAGCACUACAUUACGAAAGAGGUUACAUGUUCUGGUCGGACUGGGGUACUGAAGCCAAGAUAGAAAGAGCAGAUAUGGAUGGGACUCAUCGGCGCGUCAUUGUUAGCCUAAACGUAGAAUGGCCGAACGGUCUUGCAGUGGAUCGGAUAGAAAAUCGAAUAUAUUGGAAUGACGCUAAAGCCAGAACAAUAGAAAGUUCCGAUUUCAAUGGAUGGGAUAAGAAGACUAUUCUCAGUAAUGUUCCAUAUCCGUAUGGGAUAGUGAUAGUGGGACAACAUAUCUAUUGGACCGAUUGGAAGACCAAAGCGCUGCAUAGAGCGGAUAAAACUAAUGUGAAGGAACAACUUGUUAUAAGGGACAAUCUUGAAGGCUUGAUGGAUAUAAGAGCAAUUCAGGGUGACUACAAACUAGAUAACGAAUGCGGUACAAACAACGGAGGCUGUUCUCACUUAUGCCUACGAAAUUCCCGCGGAUUUUCUUGCGCGUGUCCCACCGGCUUGUUAUUCGAGAAUACCACAGACACAGAGCCAAAAAUAUGCAAAAAGCAUCCAGAUAACUUCCUCAUAUUUGCCACUCGAACUUCGAUGACGAUUAUUUCAUUGGACACACCUGAAUUAAGAGAUAUCAACAUUCCUGUUGAACAUAUGGAGAGUUCUAUCGCGAUUGACUUCCACUGGGAUAAGAAAUUGAUCUUCUAUACUGAUGUCAAGCUGAAUCAAAUAAGGACACUGAAUAUGGAAAACAUGACGGAAAAUAAAAUGAUUGUAAACACGAGUUUGGAGACACCUAACGGCCUAGCAGUAGACUGGAUUGCAGACAAUUUAUAUUGGACUGAUAAUGAAUAUAAGGUUGUGGAAGUUGCGAAAUUAGAUGGAACGUGUAGAAAAAUCUUACUGUCUGGAUUAAAUGAACCGAGAAGUGUGGCACUGUUUCCAGCUAAAGGCUACUUGUAUUGGAGCGACUGGGGCGAAAACCCAAGUAUAGAAAGGGCAGCAUUAGACGGAACUCAAAGGAAAAUCAUCGUCGACCACGAUCUAGGAUUUCCAAACGGUCUGACCAUAGACUACGUAGAGAGGAGAUUGUAUUGGACAGAUGCGCUUAAAGAUAGGAUCGACACAUCUGACCUGAAUGGCCAACAUCGUGUGCAACUGGUACCUGAUGCUAAAAAUCCUUUUGGAAUGACUCAGUUCUGCGAGUUCAUCUACUGGACUGACUGGUUCAAGAAGGCUGUAAUGCGAGCAGACAAGGAAACGGGCAAGAACGUUACUGCAGUUAGUACGAAUUUCGAGAUGGCCAUGGAGAUAAAGGCUGUGUCACACCAUCGCCAGCACGGCUGGAACCCCUGUAUGGAAGAGAAUGGUGGAUGCUCGCACUUCUGCUUCUUUAGAGGGCACGACUAUGUGUGCGCCUGCCCUGAUGCACCUGAUGAAAGACCUUGCUCUAUAACGCCAAACAAGCGCAUAGAGCUGCGCAUGCCAUCCCAUUACCCGCCGAACUACGACUACAUGGACUACGAGCCGGUGCCAUCACCCCCUCCGCCGACGCAUUCCACCGCGCUCCUCGUGUCGCUAGCUGUACUCGCUGUGGUGCUUAUAGCGGCUGUAGUCAUCGCUAUCGUUUGUGUGAAAAUUCUUAAGGAUCGCGGCGGUGAGUUAAAAGAGACCCACCGAGAUUCGAAUUGCCAUAUAUCAUUCCACAAUCCUAACUACGAGCAAAGUGCCGCUGGACUCAACGAACAGGACCGGAGACCUUAUCGGUUACAGGGCAUCUUCAAAUAUGACAAAAAUCAGGGACGAGUAACAAACGUAUACAUACCGGAGGGCACCAGUCUCCUGCCCCCGCCCCCGCCGCCGCCGCACCGCCAGCCGCUGCGGCCGCCCACACACGACGACUUCGAGCCCGUCACCUUACACUCCUUCACCUAAACGCCACACCACAGUGGCGGAUUUAUUGAGAGCUAAGGCCUAGAGCGGCAUGAAAAACUCGGGAAACCAGCCGCCUUGUAGAACCUACCCUAAUGAUUUUGCUAUUCUAGAUUGCAUCACAUGUAGGAAGGCGGCAAAUGUGAAACGCUUGGGAAACGGGUAAAUCCGCCACUGCGACUAGAUCUAGCCAACGACUACAAGUUUAGCAAAACUUAGACAUGACGUAAUUCGACGGACUAUUACUUGUUAAUAUUUGUGCACUCGGAGAGUUCGAGAAACAUCUGCACUCGUCGAGGCUCGCACCUCGAGUAGGUAUUAACGAUGCCAAUCAUUAUUAGAGUAUAGAAGAGUAUAAUGACUAUGUAAAUAGAGGCUAACAAAGAUCCCGUGUUGUAGUACGUUUCAUAGAAAGCGUAUGUUAGACAUUGUCGUUAAGCCUAAUUCGGACUGCGAUAUGCGACUGAGAACUUUGUGAAUUUUGCGCACAAGUCGUACCUUCAGUGAGGUGAAGUUUUGUAGUCGCGAUAUCGCGAGUUACUAAUCAAAUUAGUAUAUUUGUUGAUAAGAUAUGAUCAGAUUAUUCGUAUUAUUUUUGUACAAUCGCUUGUCAUUCGACUCUCCGAGGCUCACGGGGAGCGAACGACGAACCUUAUUGUUAGAUUUGUACCUAGUGUUAUUAUUUUUAUCUGGUAUACAGACGUUGUUGGGAACUUGGGAUGACUAUUUAUUUCACCUUAAUGUCCCGAUCUCACGAAGUAUGGCUGUAAACAUAAAACAAUUCAAAGAAUUUGUUUUCAUAACUAUUGUUAUUUAGGGCCUUUUUCAUUCGGCGCUAUAUUUGUUUUAAGUAUCUAGUUACUGUUAAAAUAUACUUUCCAGAAGUUGUAUCUAGUUGUCUUAUAUUAAGAAGCGUGUAUAGAGAAGGAAAUGUGUUAAUUUUUAGCUUUAGACUCGUCAAAAACAGCGCUUCGUCUCCUAUUAGUGAUAAGUUUUCUUUAGAAUGUUAUGAUUAUUUAAUUCGAUGUGUGCUCAAGUGGAACGGUAAAAAGCACUGAAUGAAAGGGGCCGUAUAAAUCUUAGUAUUAAUUCACCAGGAUAAUAUGGUGACAAUAAAAUAUCAAUUGUAAAUAAUUAGUUUUAAUUACGACGUUUUUGUUCCACCUGUAAUUUUAUUGUAAAUAUUUUGUUUGUCAUUGACUCUGCUUUAAUUUUCUUUGGAAAGUAACCUGUACCUGCAAGUAUCUUGCAAACAUUAACAUCUCAUAUCACAAUAAUUUGUUUAGUGAAUAAGAUUUAUGUGCUCUCAAAUGAAAUGUGUUAUUAAAUAACAAAUUAAACUAAACGUUAAUAAUAUAUCGUAAUGAACAAUGAAAAUAUUCCUUUCUGAUACGUCUCGCCACCAGAGUGACGGCAAGAAUAGUAACAGGGUGUUUAUAAUCUAAGAUAGAAGAUAGUUUAUAGGACGGAUGUCGAAUACAAAGGCUCAUAAUCCGAAACUGAUUUUAUUUAUUUAAACAACUACGAACACUUUCAUUAGCUACCUCGUUAAUAUUCGAAGGUUUAUUUUAGAAACUCAGCAGUGUGAUAGAAAUCUAUUAUAAAUAAAACACUUGCAUUACAUAAUAGUUCAAAUGUAUGUACAUAGAAGCUAAAUAUAUUUUUUAACAGAAAAGAUUUUUAAAAUGAAGAUUUAUUUUAUAAUUCGGAAUGAUAUCAAUUUUACUCGAUUUGCAGGUAAUAUUUUAUUAUUUUCUAAAGUGUGGCAACGAGUAUCCCAUUCUAAUGUCUGUAUUAUUUUGUAAUAUGUAUUACUUUUUAAAUGUAUGGAAUGAGUGAGUAGAUACACCUGCUUUGUAUUAUAAAAUGUACCUACUUAUUUAUGAAUUAAAUUCAGAAAUUAGUCCGCCCUAAGAAUUGAAUUGAAGAUUUUUUAACAAUUAUUUACUUGACUUAUCCUAAUUUCAAUCACCUUUUUUUAAAUCCGAGGUGACUCAGAGUUGUUUAGUAGAAUUUUAUAUAACGUUUCAAUUAGUUUUAAGUGAAGAUUUUAAGUAAAUUGUUUUGUUAUACUGAUAGCUUGUAAGGGGAAGAAAGUUGAGUGCUGUGAUACCAGAUGCUUCGUGAGUAGAGUGAAUUAGCGUGAUGGUGGUAAUUAUUUACAUUUUUAUCGUUUGAAAUUCUGACUUUAAAUCGGAUUUGGAUUAAAGGUGCUAAAAACGCACACGACGAAUGUACCCAAAAAAGUUUAUUUCUGACUGAAAAGGAAUGAUAACGUGCCAAAAUUCAAAAGUAUUGUUUUUUUACUUUAAUAUCCGUUGACAUUAAUUCGAUCUUUAGUAUUGUAAGUAAAAUAAACAGCUUUUACACCUUAUAAGCCUCCUAAAAAGAGGUGUUAAAACUGUUGUCCAAUUUAUAAUAAAUAAUAGAAAUUAUUCAAAUA